CAAAACGCGGACCCGUCGACUGCACAGUGUACUUUUAACAGCGUCAGUUCGUUCGUGCUGUGCGACACGGCGUCUUGAACUGAUUUGACCAUUUUGUUUAUCCUUGAGGUCAACAAUCAACAAAGGGGAUUUGGGUCUUUACAGUCAGUGCCAGUCCCUACACGCAUACCUACCUGCAACCACUUUUCUUAGAGGCGGCGUCUAGAAGUGUCAGCAGGCACAAGCAGGGAUCCAUUACCUAAUCGAAGCCUUUUUUUCUGCGGAACCCUGCAGUUUUUUGAACCCCCGUCUCAUCCAAUCCCUCGGAAAUCAAGUCCGCGCGCUGUGCUGGCUGGCUCGAGAGCUGUUUGCCUCCGACUCCGACAAUUCCAAACCUUUUUUUUCUUCUUCCUUGCCCAACCCGAGACACAAACCGGCGCGCGAACGAACAAUUAAAACGGCCGCGUUGUGGCGCCCUACGACACAGAACUGAACAGCUUUCCUUACCUAAAACCACCAAAGAUGGCGACGGGAUCAGAGCCCUUCCCGCCUCUGCCCGGCACCACCACCACCACCGAGAGCGCGACGGCGACGCGAAGGAGGACGAGAAAAGCGAGCAUCUUGGGAGAUGACUUGAAAGUGGGCGACACCGGCUCGCCGUCGCUUGCUACGAGCAUUGCGCACAUCCAGGGAGCCCACUCCAAGGAACCCCCCUCCCCCCCAUCAACAAAACGCACCUCCAAACGCCGCAAAGCCCGCACCCUCCUCCACCGAGUCAAACACACGUGCGUAAAACACACUUGGGUCCUCCCCUUGUUCCUGUUGUCUUGCUUCCUCCUCGGCUACGCAAUCAACCCUACCUCCUCCAACCCCCUCUCCCACUUUUUGUUCCUGUCGUACAGACUCCCCCUGUCGGAAACCCCGGGGGCGACCCACGUCCAGUACGGCAAGGGGCUCUGGGAUAUCGCCUUUGUGACCUUUUACACCGUCGUCCUCUCCUUCACGCGCGAGUUCAUCAUGCAGGAGGUCCUCCGCCCGCUCUCCCGCUGGGUCGGGCUCAAGUCGAGGGGGAAGCAGGCGAGAUACAUGGAGCAGAUGUACACGGCGCUCUACUUUGGCAUCAUGGGCCCGUGUGGCAUGUGGGUCAUGUCGAGGACGCCAAUCUGGUACUUUGAUGUCGUGGGGAUGUACGAAGGUUACCCGCACAAGACGCACGACGGGGCGUUUAAAUUUUAUUAUCUCUUCCAGGCGGCGUACUGGGCCCAGCAGGCGAUUGUGUUGUUGCUUGGGAUGGAGAAGCCACGAAAGGACUUUAAGGAACUAGUCGGCCACCAUAUCGUCUCGCUUGCGCUCAUCGGUCUGAGCUACAGGUUUCACUUUACCUAUAUGGGGCUUGCGGUGUACAUCACGCACGACAUUUCGGACUUUUUCCUCGCCACUUCCAAAUCGCUGAAUUAUGUCGACCAUCCGAUCACGGGACCGUACUAUUUCCUGUUUAUGUGCUCUUGGAUCUACCUGAGGCAUUUUUUGAACUUGAAGAUCUUGGUUAGCUUGUUUAAUGAGUUCAAGACUGUCGGGCCGUAUGUCAUGGACUGGGAGGGGGGCAGCUACAAGUGUGACUUGGCGUUUUGGAUCACGGGGGGUUUGCUGGGGAGCUUGCAGGCGCUGAAUCUGUUUUGGUUGUUUUUCAUUGUGAGGAUUGCGUAUAGGUUUGUGAGGGAUCGGGAGGCGAGUGAUGAUAGGAGUGAGGAUGAGGGGAGUGGGGAUGAGGGGGAGCAGCAGAACGGGAAAAAGAAGUGAGGGGGAGUGAGAAGGGUGGUUUUUGUUCGGUUCGAGAGGGGAUGGGAAAGUAAAGGGAGUGGGUUUUUACAUCUUUUAAUAAUCUUUGUCUUGUCUCUUUUUUUUUCUUUUGAGAAGAAUCAAGCCAGCAAAUGAUGGAUGAAAUGGGCAUGACGACUGGAAGGGAUGGAUCACGGAAAACCGGGCAGGGUUUAUGGUAUAGAGUGGUCGGGGUUGG